AUGUCUAAUUUUAUAGAAAAAGCUUCAAAUGAAGUUCGAAAUGAUUCAAUGAAUCAUAAAGUUUCCCGCGCAGAAAUUAAAUUGUGUAGUUUUUUUGCAGAACACAAUGUACCUUUYAAGAUUAUGGAUCACUUAACACCGUUACUCCAGGAGUGUUUUCCUGAUAGUDACAUUAUAAAGGAAGUCCGAUUAAAAUCUUCUAAAAGCGCAUGUGUUAUUAAAAACGUAAUCGGAUUUGCUGAAAAAAAAGAACUAGCUAGUAAAUUACAAAAAACUCAUUUUAGUGUAUUGAUAGAUGAGUCAACUGACAUUUCAAUGACUCAAACAUUGUGCAUUAUCGUACGGUAUUACGAUGAAUCUCUAGGAAAAAUAGUUAGUCAUUUUUGGGAGUUAUGUAGAAUUUUUAAUGAUAAUUCUAGAGAAGUAUCUGCUACAGCAGAGCAUCUUUUUAAUUGUGUCCGGGAAUCUUUUCAACGUUUUUCUGUAUCUUUUGAUAAAAUUAUUGGUUUCGGAUCAGACGGUUGUAAUGCGAUGAUGGGUAAACAUAAUUCAGUAAGAACAAGAUUUGAAGAUAGUUGUCCUAACAUUUACAUCAUGACGUGUAUUUGUCAUUCGCUUCACCUUUGUGCCAGUGAAGCUUGUGACGCAAUACCURGAGACUCGAUGGCUUUCAGUAACGGCUGUAAUUACCAGGCUUCUAGAGCAGUGGGACGCGUUAACUUUAUAUUUUAA